GACGCCGUGUCGGACACACUCAUAGCCAGACUCUCAGGGGCACGAGACAGAGAGAAAUCCACUGUCCACUGUCAGGGAACUAGACACCAUCGGGGAUAUCUAUCUGAUCAUCUGGCAUCGUCCAUCACCCUCAUUUUUCAGCAGUCUUUUAAAAUCUUUAGGAUGUCUUUCAUACUGGCAGCGCUGGACAGACUCACUUACUUCCUGUCCCUCAUCGCCUUCUGCGUCAGUGUGUCCCGUAGUUGGCUGAAAUGAAAAUGCUCCAACAAAGAUGGAUCUGAAGAACGUGCCUCCAGCACUUGCAUUACCGACCGACGACGAAUUACGAAUUUGACUUUUUCUUCUUCUACUGAUAUGACAUGCCUCUUUCUUCGCUCUGUUUCUGCACGACAUGUUUUGCAUGCUGACAACUUGUAGUGUGCCUGGAGAAAACACCUGUAUCUGUAUCAACAUCAGCAUCAGCAUCAGCAUCAGCAUCAGCAUCAGCAUCAGCAUCAGAGAGAAGCAUGGCGCCAGGCUACGCACUCAGGGUUUGCCAUGCGCUUGCGCUUCUGCUGCUGACUGUGGCCGCCACUGAGGACAUUGACUGGACCAAGACGGAGAAAGGGGCCUUCUACUACGGAACUUUUCCCACUGGGUUCUCUUGGGGUGCCGGCGGCUCGGCCUACCAAACAGAAGGCGCCUGGGACAGGGACGGCAAAGGCAUGAGCAUCUGGGAUGCAUUUGCCCACAAGAAAGGCAAAAUCUUCUACAACGACACGGGAGACUCCUCCUGCGAGGGCUACUACAGGGUCAAGGAUGACAUUGCCUUAAUAAAAGACAUGAAGUUAAACCACUACCGCUUCUCAAUCUCCUGGCCACGGAUUCUACCAAAUGGGCUGAAAUCACAUCAUAUAAAUGAGAAAGGAAUCCAGUAUUAUGAUGACCUAAUCAAUCAACUGCUGGAAAAUAAAAUCACCCCUAUAGUAACUCUCUACCACUGGGACCUACCACAGGUUUUAGAGGAUAAAUACGGGGGGUGGCAAAAUUCCAGCAUGGUUGGCUACUUCAAUGAUUUUGCCAAUUUAUGCUUCGGGAGAUUUGGUAAUCGAGUGAAAUACUGGAUUACAUUCAAUAAUCCAUGGUCUGCAGCUGUGGAGGGCUAUGAGACAGGGGAGCAUGCGCCUGGAAAGAAGCUAAGAGGCACAGGAGCAUACAUCGCCGCCCACAACAUGAUAAAGGCACAUGCAAAAGUUUGGCACACUUAUGACACCCAGUGGCGAAGCAAGCAAAAAGGGCUGGUGGGCAUCUCUCUGCUAGCUGACUGGGGAGAGCCGGUCGACAUCACCAAUCAGAAGGACACCGAGGCUGCCGAGAGAUACGUGCAGUUCAGCCUGGGGUGGUUUGCCACACCGAUAUUUAAUGGAGACUACCCUCAGGUGAUGAAAGACUACAUAGGAAGGAAAAGUGCCCAGCAGGGGCUUGGGACAUCUCGUCUGCCCACCUUCACGUCCCAGGAGAAGAGUCACAUCCGAGGCACCUGUGACUUCCUGGGCAUCGCCCACUUCACCACGCGCUACGUCACCCAGAAGAACUUCCCCUCCAGCCGCGGGAGCAGCUUCUUCACUGACCGUGACCUGGCUGAGCUGGUGGACCCACGCUGGCCUGACCCCGGAUCUGAGUGGCUUUACGCCGUGCCCUGGGGUUUCCGGCGACUGCUGAACUUUGUCAAGACCCAGUAUGGCAGCCCAAUGAUAUAUGUGACAGAGAAUGGAGUGUCAGAGAAGACGACGUGUACAGAUUUAUGUGACGAAUGGAGGAUGCAAUACUUUAGGGAAUACAUCAACGAAAUGCUGAAGGCAAUAAAAGAUGGCGCUGAUGUGAAAGGAUACACUGCUUGGUCUCUGCUGGACAAGUUUGAAUGGGAUGAGGGCUUCUCUGAGAGAUUCGGCUUGUACUAUGUGGACUUUAGGAGCAAAGACAAGCUCCGCUAUCCCAAGGCCUCUGUUCAAUACUACAAACGAAUCAUCAGCUCCAAUGGUUUCCCCAAUCAGAGAGAGGUUGAGAGUUGGAAGAGGAAGGCAACAGAAACAUGCUCCUCGAGCAACCAGCUUCUUGCUGCUGAUCCGUUGACAAGCCACAUGGAGAUGGUCACAGAGAUUGUGGUUCCCACCGUGUGCACACUGUGCAUCCUGCUCAGCGCCAUAUUCCUGAUGUUCCUACUCCGAGGCCGACUGUAGACCCGACUCCAUCACCAUCCAUGUCCUUUAUAGACAACUGUACAUUAGUUGUACCUAUUUUUUAUUGUCUUUUAACCAACGCUCGGGUCAAAUAGGGGUCCAUUCAUUACAAGGUGGCCUCUAUAGGAUUUUUUUGAGGAAGUCAAUCAUGCAAAGAAUGUUGAAUUUUAAGUGUCACUUUUCAGAAAGAUGACGGCUCAGACAUUUCAGUGUGUAGAUUUACUUCUAGAAUGACAUCAAUCCACCCAUCACUGACACCCUAAUGUAGUUCAAAUUUACCUAUAUUUGAAAGCAGGUUUGGUGUUUGAUGUGGAGAGAGGUUGGGCUGGGUCAUAGGGAAUUUGCUGCAUGCAACUGUAUAGGUUGAAAACUUAUAUUCAACAAAUUGUUGCAAUGUGUAGGUCUACAUUUUCUAACUUGGAAAUAAUACUGGAAACAGCCUUUCACUUACUAUGUCAGUGCAUACCACCAUUCAUGUCUUGAUAGAAAUAAUCAAAUCAUUAAAUAUUUUUUAAAACGAAA